AUGAAAUCUGAUGAGGAUAACUUUGUAAUUAUCUUGAUAAAAGGAGUGUUAGACACUAAGGUUAACAGCAAAGGUCACCUAAGUCAUGGAAUACCCAAGGCAACUUCCUCCUCCUCAUUUAGUCCUCAGAAGAACCCUGUAAGGAGGAAAAUGAAGACCAUCUUCCUCAACUUCUUUUUGAUUGCUGGAAUCCUUGCUAACAAUCCUUAUCCACAUAAUGCUGGCUAUCCCAACAGUAAUAACUGUGACAACUACCUGUGUGAACCAUAUACUCGGGAUAUGAAUCGUCAAAACCAACCCAAUCCCAGUCACCACACACCAAGAGAAAUCGUAGUCAACAGUAAUUCUGACUUUGCAUUCAAGUUCUUCAGGGUAGUUUCUUCUAAUGGAGCCCAACGGCAUCAUACAGGCAAGCAGAACAUCGUUUUUUCUCCCAUGUGCAUUUCCUCUUCAUUUGCAAUGUUGUCCUUGGGUGCCCGGGCCACCACCUUAGAUCAGAUCCUUAGAGGUCUCAACUUUAGCCCAUCAGAGAUCCAGGAGAAGAUGAUACAUGAAGGUUUCCAUGACCUCAUCUAUACCUUAAACAAUGGAGGGUCUGGCCUCCAGGUGGACAUGGGCAGUUGCCUGUUUGUACAAAACAAGCUGCAUCCACAACCACAGUUCUUAAGUGGACUUAGAAACAUCUAUGGAGGAGAUAUCUACAUGGAAAAUUUUAAGAACACAAUAGAAACUGAACAGCAUAUCAAUAAGUAUGUCGAAAGGAAAACCCAUGGGAAGAUUUCCAAGCUUGUUGAUGAAGUCGACCCAAUUACUGAAAUAUUAUUGGUUAGUUAUAUUUACAUGAAAGCCAAAUGGGAAAAGCCUUUUAAUCCAGAAUACACGGAGCUGCGUGACUUUUAUGUGGAUCCGUACACUGUUGUGAAAGUUCCAAUGAUGAUCCAGACGGGUAUGUUUGAACACGGCUACGAUAAAGAAAGGUCUUGUACUGUUCUGAAACUGCCGUACAAAGGACACGCCUCUGCAUAUUUUAUCCUGCCUGACCAAGGGAAAAUGGAGAAGGUGUCCAGGAGUUUGUCAUGCGAAGCUUUGCAGACCUGGAAAAGGAUACUUUCAAAAGGUCCUUCCAGUCAUCAUGGCACUUUGCCCCAACUGAAGAUCACGGAAGGCAAUCUUGACUUUGCCUUUAACUUCUACCACAAGAUCAUUGCAGGGUCUACUGAUAGCAACGUUUUCUUUUCUCCUCUGAGUAUUUCAUUUGCCUUUGCGCUGUUGUUACUGGGGGCCAGAUCUACUACGAGGAGUCAGCUUUUGUCAGGGCUUAGCUUGAACCAGAUCAGUGAGCAGGAAAUACAUAGAGAUUUUCAUCGUCUUCUCAUAUUUCUAAACCACCCUGAUAGUGAAAUUGAGCUGAGCAUUGGGAAUGCUGUUUUCACACUUAAAGAAAAGAAGCUCCUAGAUAAAUUCUUGAAGGAUGUCAAGAAAUUUUAUGAGGCAGAAAUUUUACCUACUGACUUCAAGAACCCUGCGGAAGCCGAGAAGCAGAUCAAUAGCUACAUAGAGGAGAAAACCCACGGAAAAUUAGUUAAUGUUGUCAAGGAUCUAAGCACAGAUCUUGUAAUGGUUAUCGUAAACUAUAUUUUCUUUAGAGGUUAUUGGAAAAACCCUUUCAAUUAUGAAAGUACUAGAGAUGGAGAAUUCUAUGUGGAUGAGCAAACAACAGUGACAGUUCCUAUGAUGAACAAAGAUGGCGGGUUUCCAAGUUUCUAUGAUGGGCAAUUGGCCUGCCAGGUGGUGCAGCUCCCUUACAAGGGCAAUGCUUCGGCCCUGUUCAUUCUGCCUGACAAAGGAAAACUGAAGCAGGUGGAAGAUGCUCUGGGGAAGCAGGUUUUGCUGAAAUGGCUGAAAUCUCUGAAAAUACAGAGAAGGGAUAUCUUCCUUCCAAGGUUUACCCUCACUACUAGUUAUGAUGUAAAAGAAGUGCUAGAAAAAUUGGGAGUUACUGAGUUAUUCUCAAACCAAGCAGAUCUAUCGGGAAUUACUGGAAGUCCUGAGCUGAAGGUUUCCAAGGCAAUUCACAAAGCUUACCUGAACGUCCGUGAGAAUGGCACUGAAGCAGCUGCCGUCACUGUCAUUGACAUUGUUCCAACUUCCCUUCCUCCCGUGACUAAAUUCAACAGACCCUUCUUCAUGAUACUCUUCGAAGAUAUCAGCAGAUCCAUCUUAUUUUUAGGAAAAGUUGGAAAUCCUAAAACAGAGUAA